AUGAUCAUCGACGUCGACAGCAAUGCUCAACCGAUAAUGCGCGUGGAAGUUGUCGAUGUGAACUACUACAUGGACAAGCCAUUGCCAAAGGAUGCUAUUCCUUCCUUGCCGCAAGGUCCAUGCUACGAACGCGCUCGGUCCGUUCCAGUCGUCCGCAUAUUUGGCGCGACGCCCGCGGGACAAAAGUGUUGCGCGCAUCUUCACGGGAUCUUUCCUUACUUCUACAUGCGCUGCGAGAACGAUCCAACAUUCGAUUCCAUCGACGAGCUCGUAACAAUGCUACCAAAAGUCGCCCACGACAUCGAGUCCGCCGUGCGCACACUAUCCCAAGCCAAUGUGAAAGCGCCUGUCGGAACCACGAACAGCACUGCAAAACCCACCUCUCGUCAGCAAAACAUCUCAGUGGCCAAGUUGGCGGUCGUCAAGGGCGUGCCUUUCUACGGCUACCACGCGUCCGAAGUGUUGUUCAUCAAGGUGUUCCUAUACGACCCAGCCAUGAUGAGUCGCAUCGUGCAAGUGGUCGAGAGCGGGUUGGUCACCCAGCGAACAUUCCAGCCAUAUGAAGCGCAUAUCCCGUACCUCCUCCAAGUGUUUGCGGAUUACCACAUUGAGGGCAUGAACUACCUCAACCUUUGCGACUUUAAGUUUCGCUCCCCAUUGCCCCACGCCCAACCCCACUUGGACUCGGAGCACCAAACUGUGUGGUUGGCUCCUUCCAACGCCCUGGCCACGUUUACAGGCAGGGAAGCCCCUGUGGUCUCGAGCCCCAAGUGGAAUGCUCGUACGGCCGUGUGCAGCUUAGAGCUGGACGUGUCUUGCCACUGCAUUCUCAAUCCUACGGCUGCCACGUCAGACAGCCAAUGCUAUGUGCCAUCGCUGGCGCCAUUGUGGGAGGAAGAAAAGCUCCGUCGACGAGCCGCCGGCCUCGCCGCAACACCAGAAGUGGCGCCAAGCAUCCAACGCCAUUUACAUGAUGUACAUGAUGGGUCCCCCCACGACCUACGAAGAAGCGAGUCGUCGCCUCUAUCCCAAUCCGACUUUAACGACCAAAUGUGGGCAUCGCUGGAUGCGAUUCUGCGUAAAGUUCAAGCAGCCAAGGACAUGUCCGACCACCAAUCGACAGCGUCCACGGGCAUAUUGCCGUCUCCGCACGACGAGUCUCUUGGUCACUUGUACUCGUACAGUCAAUUGGACACUGCAGACGGCGAUGUACGAGGAGCAGCAGCAGAUGACGAGGUGGACGUGGAAAACCAAGAGUUGCUGGCGUUGCUGGCGACACUCGAACGCAACGUCGCGACCGUCGAAUCUCGUCCUCCACAUGUCCAACAUGACGACGGCGACGACGACGACGACGACGAUAGUAUGGAUAUCAUGGCGUCUCAGCGUCAAUUGGAGAACGAGACCGGCGAAAAGCCGUGGUGGGACGAUGGACUUGACCAACAAGAACCAGACUCCGACUUGGUCGUAGAGUCUACCGCCACCAACGACGACGACGACAACUGCAAUAGGAUCAUGUCCCUCCAUGCUGCGGCAGAGUCCCCUGAAGUGUUUCAACAGUCUACUAUAUCUAUGUUUCCGUCAGCCACGCCACUCCCAUCCACGCCCUCCUCCACUCGAGUGUGGCACUUUGGCUUGGAUCCCCCCAGCGUGCAGGACGUGCUAGCUGGGGGCUGGCCGUCGGGGGAGGAUAAGCCCAUGGUGCGCUACAGCUGCGACGACGACGUCCCAGACAAGCCAGUGGUGUUUGCCGGUCGCCGCGUGCAUUUUUCAAAGCAAGGGGUGGAGUAUCUUCGGAAUUACCCCGACGGCGCCUGUGCCCAACCCCCGUUGACGUCGCGGCGGAAGGUGCGGCGAGUGCGCACGCCGCUGCGGGCUCCACCCACCGUGGCAGACUUAAGGGAUCCAUUGCCGCCACAAACUCCAGGAUCGACGUCGCAACCACCUGGUGGACUUAUUGGUCAACACAACGUGCACACGUCGAAUGUGACUAUUCUGUCGGUGGAGGUUCACGUGAAUUCGAGGGAAAUGCUGCUGCCAGACCCAGGCGUCGACGCAGUGGUGGCACUUGGGUACGUUGUGGAAGCGAAUGAAGGCAGCGACAGUCCUUCCACGGUCACUGGCAUCAUCAUGGUGGAUCAAUCAUGUGUCGACACGUUCCAGCUGCCUGUAGCCAAUCAAAUCGUAGCUGUGCACUGUGUUCCGUCCGAAAUGGCGCUGUUUACAGCACUCGACCAACUCAUACAUCGAUGGGACCCAGACUUUCUCGUUGGUUUUGAAGUCCAGCAGGGUUCGUGGGGGUACUUGAUUGAUCGUGCUACCACGUUCGACCCGCCCGUGAAUUUGAUUCAAACGUUGUCGAGGUUGCCGUUGGUGCGAAUGGAUUCGCGCAAUCAGUCGACCAAUCAUCCAGACGGACAACCACCCAAGAUUGGCACGGUGUGGGGAAUGAAGAAAGCGUCUGGCAUUUGGAUGCACGGCCGACACAUGCUGAAUCUGUGGCGCUGCGCUCGCUCCGAGUUAAAACUCGGCCGCUACACGUUCGAGUGUGUGGUCGCGCAUGUAUUAAAGCGACGGGUGCCCGUGUACUCGAACCAAGUGCUGACGCGGUGGUUCCAAGCUGGAGGGUCUGUCCGAUGCAGAGCGUUGGAAUACCUCGUCGUCAAGACUUCGUUGAACAUGUCGCUCCUGGAUGGGCUGCAGUUGAUCACUCGAACAAGUGAAAUGGCGCGGCUCUUUGGCAUGGACUUCUUCUCUGUCCUAUCGCGUGGAUCGCAGUAUCGCGUCGAAGCUGUGAAUAUUCGAGUCACGAAGCGCCUGAACUACAUAUUGAUAUCGCCCAACCGUCAACAAGUCGCCGGCCAGGCCCCCAUGGAGUGCAUUCCCCUCGUAAUGGAGCCCCUGUCUGCCUUUUAUGGCGACCCUGUUGUCGUGCUGGAUUUCCAGUCGCUGUACCCGUCCAUGAUGAUUGCGUACAAUAUUUGCUACUCGACGUGCCUCGGUCGACUCAAAAACGGCAUGGACGACGAAGUCGAGACGGCGCUGGGCGUUGUGUCCAACCAUGUUGUCGAUAUAAACGGCCUGCUUCAGUCUGGAAAGCAGACGACGAUCACACCGAACGGAGUGCUGUUUUGCCCCAAGACCCAACGCCACGGUGUGCUUCCUUUAGUGCUGUCUGAAAUCCUCUCGACUCGCAUCAUGAUCAAGCAAGCGAUGAAGGCGGCGGUAUCCAUAUGUUCAUACCCUCCACAUAUAUCAUAAAAUCCAGAUAG